CCACCAUUUUCAAAGGCCAUAGUUUGACAACUAUUACUCUUCCAAAUUGAUAGCAGCGUCUGCUUCUCUCUCCACCGCCUCCAAUUUUCCAUUUUCAAUAGGAGUUUUGGCGAUGUCGGAGAAAUUCUCAGCGACACUAAGGAUAGGGGAUUUGAAUGAUUACAUAGCUCCCUCCCAGGGCUGCGUCGUUUCCCUCAAUGCUAAUUCUACUCCUAGGAUCCCCCGGAAUGUGGGAAAAUCAGCUGGAGCUCUGAGCAAACCAGUAGUACAAAAUGAACCCGUCAAAAUUUCUCUCAAAGAUUGCUUGGCUUGCAGCGGGUGCAUUACAUCAGCAGAAACAGUCAUGCUUGAGAAGCAGAGCUUAGAUGAGUUCCUUUCCAAUUUGGAAAAGGGAAGAACGGUUAUUGUCUCUGUAUCUCCCCAGUCUAGGGCCUCUCUCGCUGUUCAAUAUGGACUUUCUUCACUUCAGGUCUUCAGGAAGCUCACAACUUUAUUUAAGUCUCUGGGUGUGAAAGCUAUAUUUGAUACCAGCAGCAGUAGAGACUUGACCCUAAUAGAAUCUUGUAACGAGUUCAUGGUGCGAUACAAACAAUCCCAAAGUACAGGUAAUGGGGAGUCAAAGCCACCUUUGCCUAUGAUAUCUUCCGCAUGUCCAGGUUGGAUAUGCUACGCUGAGAAGACCCUUGGUUCUUACAUUCUUCCAUACAUUUCUUCAGUCAAGAGCCCCCAACAAACUAUUGGAGCAGUCGUUAAGAAUUAUUUAUGUCAAAAGCUAAGUGUAAGACCAGAGGAUAUAUAUCAUGUGACGGUAAUGCCAUGUUAUGACAAGAAACUCGAGGCUGCUCGUGAGGACUUUGUGUUUCAAGUGGAUACAGAUAGUGAAAAAAUUACGGAGGUUGAUUCAGUUCUGACAACAGGAGAGGUUUUGGAUUUGAUACAGUUAAAAGCAGUUAAUUUUCACUCCUUGGAAGAGUCACCCCUAGAUAAGUUGUUUGCCAAUAUCGAUGAGGAGGGCCAUCUUUAUGGGGUUCACGGAAGCUCUGGAGGAUAUGCAGAUACCAUUUAUCGUCAUGCUGCUAAAGUUCUCUUAAAUCAGGAAGUUAAAGGCCCUAUAGCAUUCAAGACUUUAAGGAACUCUGAUUUCCAAGAAGUGAGCCUAGAAGUGAAUGAUAAAUCAGUCCUGAAAUUUGCAUUAUGUUAUGGUUUCCGAAACCUGCAGAAUGUUGUCAGGAAAGUGAAAAUGGGAAAGUGUGACUACCAUUUCUUGGAGAUCAUGGCAUGCCCUUCAGGAUGCUUAAAUGGUGGUGGACAAAUAAAGCCACAGCCUGGGCAGUCAGGUAAAGAGUUGAUUCGGCUGUUGGAGACGGCUUAUGUAGAAGAUGUUGUCGUUGCUGAUCCUUUCAACAAUCCCAUCAUAAAAGGCCUAUACAAUGAGUGGCUUGAACAGCCUGGUUCAGAGAAAGCAAAGAGGUACUUGCAUACUGAAUAUCAUCCUGUAGUGAAAAGUAUCACUUCACAGUUGCAGAACUGGUGAGAAAUGCAAAAUAUCAGCUUUUAACCGGUUGGCGGAGUGUUCCCUUCUGCUGUUUUUCUGCAAGUGCAUCCGGAGAGGGUUUUGAUAUUACACUGCAUUGAUUCAAAGUGCUCGCAAUCUAUGUUCAGAGGGCAUGCACAACAAUUUUGGUCCUGAACGAGUUCAACCCAUACUGUAAAUAUGUUGUGUUUGUACUUGUGAAUUACACAGUAGUUUAGGUUGCAAUGCUAACAUAUUUGCCCCAUCUAGAUUGGAAGUUGUACUGUACGUGUCUUAUCCCAUAAGCUAUCAAGCUUAUUAAGUUGACACACUUCAUAUGUAUCCGUUAGGAGAGCGGCAACUUUUUGAUGCUAAUGGUAAAUAAUAUCACCAUUAUAAGUGUAGCCCUAUUUGUAUUCAUAGGUUGCCUUUCCUUGGUCUGCUUUCCAUCAUCGCGCAAACAAGCGCAUACAUGUUAAUGUCUUUUUGGGGCACCUACUCUUGGUUAAUUUUUAAGCUAGACAAUAUGACCAUUUCA